AAUUAGAACAAGCAAUACAGACUGCAACAAGCUCUAUACUUAUCAAUUGGUCUUUAAUCGCAUACGCUCACUCAAUAUGUCAUUCCCACCUGAAGAUAUCACCGAAAUAGUAACCCAAAUAGCCUCGAUAUUACGAGAAAGAAAUCAAACAUUGGCAAUUUCAGAAGCAGCAUGUGGUGGACUCAUAUCAGCAUAUAUCGUAUCCGUGCCAGGAGCCUCUAACUUUUAUAUUGGUGGUAAAUUAGUAUAUUCCUUAAAGCAAAGGUUGAAAUUGUCUGGGUGGUCCGAUAGUGAAAUAUCCAACUAUAUGGGACCCUCGGAACAAGUUGCAUUGAAAUUGGCCAGAACUGCCAAGUAUGAAUUAGGAUCCACUUAUGUGUUGUCAGAAACUGGAUUUGCAGGUCCUUCAACGGGGAUAGUGAUACCGAACGGAAAAGAAGAUGAAGAACAAGAGAGUGAUGAAGUUGGGACAGUAUAUAUUGGAUUAUCUGGUCCCAAUGGCGAAGCCUCGACCUCCAAUAGCACAGGAAGUCAUGAUAGAGCAAAGAACAUGUCGGAAUUUGCCAAGUUGGGUUUAAGUUUCUUGCUUGAACAAUUACAAAAGACAGAUGAAAAAGACAGUAGAUAAAUAUAAUGUAGUAUCACAGAAUUAUAUAUAUAUAUAUGUGUGUGUCGAAGUGUUUAAUAUACGUUUAUGUUUAG